CCAAAAGCAAGUGUUCAAAUCUCAUGAGCAUCCUCACAAAUCAUCCCACUUGCUUUGGCGGAUGUGGCAGAAGUGACAGCAAACAUUGUUUUCCCAACACACACAUCACACGCUGCCAUUAGCAGCUGAUUUGUGACCGCUAAAAUGCGCCUGCUUUCUAUUUGCGCCUCACCACACACACACACACACACACAAGUAGUUUAAAGUUCAGCUGAGUGUCAUCCGCCUCACACAGAAGUUUGUCAAAACCGCACGUCUGUGGGAAAUGUUCAAUACUCCGAGAUGUGUCGAGAGAAUUGUUUUCUAUCGUAAGCACACCGAGACGUCUGCUUGAGCCGUAAACAUUGUUUGGAGCGGCGCUGGCCGAUGAUUUUCCUCGUAGGAAAGCGGAGCGGCCAUUGUGGGCCACGGCAACUCAGCGCUAACCUCAGCUCACCCUGUCCGUGCUAAUUCAUAUGAAGUUGUCUGGCUUUAAUGAGACGUCACUUUCGCCGUCGGAAGUUGUGCAAAGGUGUGUCGAGGCGGCCAUGGUUGAAGGGGCGGGGGAAGAGUUGAACCCGGGGUGAGACAGAACCAGAUGCGAAAGGGAGGGGGGAGGGAGAGAGAGAGAGAGAGAGAGAGAAAGAGAGAGGGGGGCAAAAGCAGAAGGGCUUGACGAGGACCAUACGGAGGGACGACAAAGGAAGAAGCGCGUCGGCGGCGGCCGAAGCAUGCGGCGGCUCGGCCUUUGAAAUAGAGCCGCUUUUCCAAGAACAAGUUUCCCGGCCAGAGAUGGACAGAGAAGGUUCUUUGAGGAGGCGGCUGGCCUCUCUCAGGGGGGCCUGGAGAUGGAGUACCGGCUACGUAUUCAGGAAGGUUUCAAUCAAAUCGUCCAAAAGCAUGGAGUCACGCCGAAGAGCGUCCAGCAGGAGCGCCAGUCUGCUGCAGGAGAGCUACGAGUUGGACCUGCUCUACAUCACAGAGAGGAUCAUCUCCGUCUCCUUCGCUAGCGGCGCCGAGGAGCCCGCCUACGCCGCCAACCUGCGCGAGGUGGCCUCCAUGCUGCGCUCCAAGCACGGCCACAACUACCUGCUCUUCAACCUCAGCGAGAAGCGUUAUGACAUCGGCGAGCUUCAUUCCAAGGUGUUGGACUUUGGCUGGCCCGACCAUCACGCGCCGGCUCUGGAGAAGAUCUGCAGCAUCUGCAAGGCCAUGGACACGUGGCUAAGCGCCGAUUGCCACAACGUGGUGGUCAUCCACAAUAAGGGCAACAGAGGCCGAACCGGAGUGGUGGUGGCUGCCUAUAUGCAUUACAGCAAUAUAUCUGGCAGCGCCGAGCAGGCUCUGGACAGGUUCGCCAUGAAGCGUUUCUAUGAAGACAAAGUGCUUCCUGUGGGGCAACCUUCUCAGAGAAGGUACGUGGAGUACUUCAGCGGUUUGCUGAGCGGACACAUCAAGAUCAACAACAAACCGCUGUUUCUUCACCACGUCAUCAUGCACGGCAUUCCCAAUUUUGAGUCCAAAGGAGGGUGCCGUCCUUUCCUGAAAAUCUACCAGGCCAUGCAGCCCGUCUACACAUCUGGCAUCUAUAACGUUCAAGGGGACAGUCAGACGAGCAUCUGCAUCACCAUUGAGCCCGGCCUCCUUCUCAAAGGAGACAUUCUGCUCAAGUGCUACCACAAGCGUCAUCGCGGCCCGUGCCGGGACGUGAUUUUCCGGGUGCAGUUCCACACGUGCGCCGUUCACGACCUGGCAAUCGUCUUUGGCAAAGACCAGCUCGACGAGACCUUCAAAGACGAGCGGUUCCCAGAAUAUGGCAAAGUGGAGUUCCUUUUUUCUUUCGGCCCAGAAAAAAUGUAUGGUGUGACUCACCUGGAGAACGGGCCCAGCGUCUCGGUGGACUACAACACGCAAGAUCCGCCCAUUCGCUGGGACUCUUAUGAGAACUUCAACGAGAAUAACCAGGACGCUGCGGAAGACGUCGUCCACACCCAAGGUCCGUUGGACGGGAGUCUCUAUGCCAAAGUGCGCAAAAAAGAGUCUGUUGACGGGACGGUCGCGCUCAACGGACUGCCGCCGCCGCCAGGGGCGCCGCCGGCUGCUCUCGAACACGCGUUGCCCGCCGUCGAUCACGCCUUGUCUGUGAGCAGCGACUCGGGAAACUCCACAGCCUCCAUUAAAACGGACGAAGCGGCGGCGGCGGCGGCGGCGGCAGCGAUCCACCCCGCCGUGAACCUGCCAAGCGCUCCCGCCGUAGCCCGCUGUGACGAGCAGCGACCCAUCAGUCCGCAGGAGAAACAGGAGCUGGAACAGCUCCUGGGUGGCCUGGAGGGACCUACCAUGCGCGGACAGGGCGAGCGCGCCUCGCCCGGCGUCGGCGCCUUACUCCAGCGGGUGCCCGCCCAGGUCCACGUCAACGGUCACCGCAACAUGGACCGGGAAACGGACAUUUUAGACGACGAGCUACCCAGCGCUCACAAGGCAAACAGCGUGGACAGUCUGGGGACGUUGUCCUCCUCCGCCGACGGCCGAGCCACCCCGGCCGAUCUCUACGACCGCUCGGAAUCGGCCCUCGACGGCCAGGAGCGCGUGCCGUACCUGGAGCGCGGCGUGGCCAAAAGCCCGGCGCCGUCGCAAACGGGCUCCGCCGACAAACUGGAGACGUGUGACCAUUCUGCCUCUCGGAUUCUCUACCGUUCCCAGUCGCUGGGUUCGGAUACGCGGGCCAUGCCCCCGGCUCCCGCCCGGACCACCAGCAGCAGGGACGCCGUCCAACGCGGCCUCAACAUCUGGCAACGCUUCGGGGUACCCGAGGAGCCUGUCACCGAAGGACUCACUUUCGGGACGCCGCCCGCUCACCGGAGCCUUCCGCAGUUCCACAGCGCGUCGCAGGAGGAGAUUGAGAAAUCCAUCGAGACGCUCAACCUCCUCAUGUUGGACUUGGAGCCGAGCCGUUGUUUCGUGCCAAAGUCGCAAAGCGCUCCUCUGAGGCCGAGCCGCGUGGUCACCGUGCAGCCGUCCUUCUCCCAGAGCCAAAGCGGAGCCAUCUAUGAGGUGGAGACGCCUCCCGCGUCCGGCCGACAGUCGCCCGUCAAAUCCGGCUCGCCCCUCGGAUGGGAAACCGGCGGAGCCGCUCCAUCUGGAUCCGGUCCUCUUCAGCUCAAAGCCGCCGCCGCCGCCGAUGACACCUUUGCAGCGAGCCCUUUGUCCGGCCCCGGCGCGGUGCCCGCUCGGAGGGACCGUGAACCCGACCGGCACGUCUUGAGCGUGGAAGGACUGGUGGCGCAAAGAGUUGCAGAAUACUCAGCACGAGCUCAAAGGCUCACCUCCAGAAUUUCCUCCUCUCACUCACUUUGGGGUGUCCGCUCCCACGGGACGUCUGCGGACGAGCCGGCGCUUUCCCCCCGCCGUAGGAUCACGAGCGACGGCUCCGAAGACGCCACGUCCCCCGACGUCCCGCUUCGUUCCCCUGUCCGUUGCGUUUCUCCGGAGUUCGCCAACGCCAUCGCCAUGAACCCCGGCGGACGGCCCAAGGAGAGACACAUGCACAGCUACCGGGAAGCCUUUGAGGAGACGGAGGGCGGGCCCACCAGCCUGACCCCCACAGUCGGUGGUGAGGUGCUUCCCCAAACUCCCGUCUCGCCACACACCCCUUACUUCAACCUGUGUCGCUCACCUCCGGGUCUGGCCAAGACACCGCUGUCGGCGUUGGGCUUGAAGCCCCACAACCCGGCCCAUCUCCUGCUCAACCAAACCGGCGCAGAUGAUGAGCACGUUCAGGACGAAGAAGCGCCCCGAAGUUACGUGGAGUCGGUGGCGAGGUCGGCCGUGACGGGCGGAGAGCAAGCACCCCGAAGCCCUCAAGGCGACGCUCCGGAGCAGGCCGCAAGUCCGAGUCCCGCAUGCCCCACCCUCCACCGGCCGCUGUCCAGUAGCAGCGGUCCCGAGCACGGCUCGCAGGGCAACGCCGCCUCGGCAGAAAUCAACUCCGGCAGUCCGCCUCGAGCCGCUACCGAUUGGAGUUUGCUCAUGCAGGCGGCAGCGAGCGCAGCCUCCACUCCCGCGUCGUCCGCUUCCCCCAACUCCUCUCAUCUGGAUUCCAUUUCCGCAACAGCCUCCUACCUCGGCCCCGACGUCCAGACCGAGAGCCGCGCGGCCUCCGAUUCUAGCCGAGGCCCCUGGACGGAGGCCUUCCAUACCGGAAGUCCCCACUUGGGGCUGCGGGCUUGUGUCCCGACCUCUUCGGACCACCGGCCAAGCGCCUAUCAGGAAGCCUACACCAAUGUCCCCGCGGUGAACGGGGGAGCGGACUUCCGGAGCAGCCCCGUCCUCGAGCGCCAUCAGCCGUCUCAGGGAAGUCAAGCGCUCACGCCGCAGGCCUCGACGGGACAGCGCUCGCGACCGAGCCCGACCCUCGGCAGACGAGCGUCCUCGGGACAAGCUGCGGCGAGCGCGCUCGGCGGACACCCGUCCCUCUCCCAGUUGCAAGGGAGCCCCGGUUUGGAGCGACGCCCCGUGCGCAGCGGCUACGCCACGCCGGACGAGCGGCACGCCAACCUCUCCCGACAGAGCAGUUCCUCGGGUUACCAGGGACCGCCGACCCCCUCCUUCCCCGUUGACGCCGGCGAAACGGCGGCUGCGGGCGGAGGCUUCCGACAGGCGAGCGCCACGCCCGCUUUUCAACCUCAGCUACCGGAAAAGAGGCGCAUGUCGAGCGGCGACAGAGCCAACGGAGCGCCGGCGUACGGCUCCCUGAGCGAAAAGAGCAAUCCCGGCUACUUCCACACCCUCUCGGACUUCUCGCGCUUCAACAUGCCCGACGGAGGUCCCGAGAGCAGGCUGAACGUCAAGUUUGUCCAAGACACGUCCAAGUUCUGGUACAAGCCCGACAUAUCCCGAGAGCAAGCCAUCAGCGUGCUGAGAGAACGCCAACCCGGGGCCUUUGUGAUCCGCGACAGCCACUCCUUCAAGGGGGCCUACGGCUUGGCCAUGAAGGUGGCCUCGCCCCCUCCCUCGCUGCAUCCAAACAAAAAAGGUGACAUCACCAACGAGCUGGUGCGCCACUUCCUGAUUGAGAGCAGCCCCAAAGGAGUCCGACUCAAGGGUUGUCCCAACGAGCCGUACUUUGGCUGUCUGUCGGCGUUGGUCUACCAACACGCCAUCACGCCGCUGGCCCUGCCCUGCAAGCUGCUCAUUCCUACCGCAGAUCUUGUCGAGGAAGAGCCGCAAGUGGUGAAAAGCAAUCCGCUGUCUGAGCGACUGAAGGAAGGAGCGGCGUGCAACGUGCUCUACAUCAACUCGGUGGACAUGGAGUCGCUGACGGGCCCCCAGGCCAUUGCCAAGGCCAUUUCGGAGACUCUGGCCGCCCCCGCCUGUCAGUCGGCCGUCGUGCACUUCAAGGUGUCCUCGCAAGGCAUCACGCUGACCGACAACCAGAGGAAGCUUUUCUUCCGCCGCCACUACCCCUGUAACACCGUCACCUUCUGUGACAUCGACCCUCAGGACAGAAAGUGGAAGAAGCCCGAGGGCGGCACGGCCAAGUUGUUUGGCUUCGUGGCGCGAAAGCAGGGAAGCACGACGGACAACGUGAGCCACCUCUUUGCCGAGAUGGACCCCGAGCAGCCCGCCGGCGCCAUCGUCAACUUUGUCACCCGGAUGGUUACGUUGCAAAAGCGAUGAGCACGGCAAUUUCUUCCCUCCACUCACUCACUCACUCACUCACUCACUCGCCCCAGCCUCCCUCCUUCCCUCCCUCCCGCACCCAAAACUCUUUUGCUUACUUCCCUCCCUCCUUUGACCAACAGACAGACAGACAGAUGGACGGACGGACACUCCUUUCCCCUGCAAACACUUCUCGGCGUCGCGUCCGAGCACACGUUUGUCUCGUCUCGUCUCGCUUGCGCCUUUCUUUGCGGACGGACUCUCGAGCGGAGCUGCGGAAGUGCAGAAAGGGGGCGGAGUCGGAUGUGAGUAAGUGCAACAUUUUUGCACUUUUGUUGACCCAGACGUCACGUGGGCGGGAACAUAAUCAAUUGUGGCACACACUGGAAAAAAAUGUUGUGUUGAAAUUUCCUCCAUUUCAUUUGACAAAACAAACCAUCUGGAUCCUUCAAAAAAAAAAAUCCGGACAACAUGCGUUUUGCAAUUUCUCCCAUUUGCUUGCGCACACGUGCAAGUUGUUGACAGAAAUGACCUUCAAGCCGCAAAAUGAGCCUUUUGUACGUUGCCACAAUGUUUUUGUUUUUUUCCCUUCCCUUCUCCUCCCAUGUCAUGUCUGGGUCUUUGUCGUUUUGGGGAUACGCCAGAAGAGAAAAGUCAAGUUGUGUGACCUUGGUGGAUUGCAAAUGGCAACUUUUGAAGUGCUCAACCAAAGACAGCUUUUGCGCAUCAAGACACACACACACACACACGCACACACACACACACACACACACACGUGGCCGCUUGUUUGAUUGUGUAUGUACUGAUACUGUAGGUCGAUUAAUCGCUCGCAAAAACAACAACAAUGUUACAGGGCUGUUUUUUUUCUUUUCUAUUUUAUCAGCACUUUUGUGCUCGUUGUAAAUAUUUCUCGUGCCUGACUUCCUUUGAUAAAGCAACCUUUUUUAAUUGAAAAAACAAAGAAAGAAAACAUUCAGCAUUUCAGGAUUUCCUAAAUAUCUGAAACGAAUGCGCAAAAUUCCGAUGACUUGGCUUGCUUGGUGUGGUCCCCCAUCCUAAAGGCAUAUCUUUCGGUAGUGCCGCCCUUAGAACUAAAGCCUAUAAAUCACGUCAAGGGUGAAGGAA